UGCCUAUCUUUUUGGAUUGACGCAGGUUUAGCGUCAAGGGUGGGUAAACGGAGAAGGCAAGCCAAUCUUACGAGCCAAGGAAUCCUGGAUCCCAAAAAUCAGUCCAAUUUGAACUCUCAACCAUGAAGUGCUUUGCCGUUAUCUCCUCUUUCUUGGUGGCCAGCGCCGUCGCUGACCGUGCCCCUUACCAGCCGGCCCCUUACCAACCUGAGCCCGCCCCUUAUCACCCAGAGCCCGCCUACCAUCCGGCUCCUGCCCCUUACAAGCCUGCUCCUUACCAUCCCGCCCCUUCUUACCAUAAGCCCGACCCUUAUCACGAGGAAGAGCCCAAGAACUACGCUUACGGCUAUGACGUGAAAGAGUAUGACGAAUACGGUAACCCCAAUGUGCACUCCAAGCACGAGGAGCGAGAUGGAUACCAAGUCAAGGGUCAAUACCGUGUUCAACUUCCCGACUGCCGCACUCAAAUCGUAGACUACUAUGUCGAUGAAUACAAAGCGUACCACGCUGAUGUGAAAUAUGAGGGUGAAAUCUGCGAGGAUUACACCACCAAGAAGCACCACAAGGCCGAGCAUGGUUCUUACCACCCCGCCCCUGCCCCCUACAAGCCCGCUCCUUACAAGCCCGCCCCUUAUAAGCCCGCCCCUUACAAACCUGCUCCUUAUCAACCUGAGCCUGCUGCUUAUAAGGCCGAACCUGCACCUUAUAAGCCUGCCCCAGCUCCUUAUAAGCCCGCUCCUUAUAAGCCCGCUCCUUAUAAGCCCGCUCCUUACAGCCCCUACCAGGCCUAGGUCUGUCACCUGCAAUAUGAUCGAUGUCAAUUAUUAAGAAUCCUCUUUUCAUUUGCCAUAUUUAUUCAUAUCCAUACAUUUCCUCUUGUUAUUUUAAAGACUGUGAUUUCUACUUGAACACAAUAAAACUCAACAAAGAGAAUAAUAACGAUGAGCCAACUGAA